UAUAUCAACGAACUCGCGUUUGACUUGAAAAGAUGAAUUUAAAACAAACCUCGUAAAUUUUAACUUCAAACUCACAGAUUCAUGAGCUAGAACAAAGCUUAAUCGAUAUGUCGGGACUCAGAAAGCUCCUCAAAAGAAAGGACAACAAGGCUAAAAAUGCUUCUUCGACACAAGAUCUCAAUUCUCUCUCUGGCCGUGAAAUGGCGGCCGGUGCAGCUGGUUAUUUCGUCCAAAAAGAAAAAGAUCUUCCUAAGCUUCAUAAAGCCGUCUGGACUAGAGACAUGGCUAAACUUCGACAGAUCAUCAAGAAGGCAGAUGUUAAUCAACUCGAUAAAGAGAACAGGACACCAUUACAUCUGGCUGCUGCACUAGGCAGUGAAGAAGUAUGCCGUUUCUUACUUGCUAAUAAAGCCAAGACUAAUUUAUGUGAUGGCUAUGGUAGAACUCCACUGAUGAAGGCUAUUGAAGCACAAUCUCAGGGCUGUACAGAGGUGUUAUUAGAGAGCGGGGCAGAUGCUAAUGUCAUAGAUGUAAUGAACAGUACUCCUCUUCACUUGGCUUCAGCUAAUGGUGAAAUUGAUGUUGCUGUUCUCCUGUUAGGAAAAGGAGCUAAAAUCAGUGCCCAAGAUAAGGAGGGCUUCACUCCAUUACAUGUUGCAUCGUCUCUUGGAUAUCAGGACUUUGUGGGAUUUCUGAUUCAUGAAGGAGCUGAUAUUAAUGCUGUUGAUGCUCAUGGAAGAACAUCCAUCAUGACAGCUGCUAGUGAAGGACACAUAGGUAUUGUCAAGCUCUUCCUGCAGAAUAAUGCCAACACUGAGAUCAGAGAUAGUCAAGGAUGGAGGGCAUCUGACCAUGCUAUUAUACAAGGACAUCACAGUUGUUCAAACAUCAUAGAAGAACAUGAAGAAAAGCUUGAAGCACAACAACGAUCAGCACAAACAGCUAAGGCUGCUCGUAAACCAAACAAUAACAAUAUGUCAAGCCUGCUUGGUACAGAUGAACUAGAGUUUAGUUUUGGUGGACCAGCAAUGGACAUGGGUGGAGAGAGUCCAUCAGGAAAAGAAGGAGACACAACUAGUCAUCAUUCUGUUGGAGGAACUUCUUGGGAUUCUUCCGAAGCAGAAGACAUAUUUGAAUCGAAAAAGAAAGUAAAUCCUGCAAAACCCAGUCUUCUGGCUGCACUCAAACCUGUGGCGCGCUCAGGAUCAGACGUAUCAGCACAUAGUCAGAAAUCUACCAGUCGAAUACCAGUUCGACAGGACAGCGUCAAAUCGACUAACAGCCAGGUGGGUAAAAUCAAACCAGUAGAGACAGCAGGAUCAAAGAUCCCUGUUCCAUUAUCCAGCCCACCGCCUUCCAAGGACUCAACACAAAAUGACGCCAAGAAAACAUCAGCACGUUCUACACCCACCAAAAGCGCACCGGGGACACCUGUGAAAAGUGGACAGACACCCACCAAUAGUACACCCAAGACUGACAGUUCUGGAAGAAAGCUGUCCACUGGUCGUGUAUCAGGAGAUGUGUCACCGUCGAGACUAUCUGGAGGAAGACCCCAGUCACUUCCCUGGGAAUCCAUUCAAGUGCAUUCAGACGACGAAUCACAGCUUUCUGAAUCAGAAGCGUCGGAAAAGGUUGCUGCAUUACUGGCUGGGAAACUUGCCGAGGUGAAAAAGGGGGGACUAAAGUCCAGCAGUAAAGGCGUAUUUAUGACAGACAAUGCUGGUAGUAAAGACAGCGAUCUAAGUCUUACCUUAAGCGAUAAUGGCGACGAUGACCAUUUAUCAGAAGCUUCACUGGACUAUGAUGAUGUGAAUAUAAAGACACCAACAAGUGCUACUGCACCCUUAUCAUUUUCAACAAAAGACGAGAAAAAACAAGAGGAUAACAAGAUUCCUAAGCUGAACCUUGGUAGCCCAGUAAGCUCUGUCUCUGACCCUGAAAUUAGUGAAGCACAUGAGAAAGACAGAGGAAAGAAGAAGACRGACAAACACGACAGCAGCCUUUCUGAAGAUUCUGAAUGGGACACAUCAGAUGACGAUAUUCUUCCAUCUGAUGAACCCACAAACACACGGGGCAGCAGUCUCUUUGGUACCAGUCAAAAAAUAACCCCAAUACCACCCUCACCGGUUGAAAUAAAGAAAGACACCAUGGACAAAACUGACAAGGGCGUCAAAGAUGGAGGAAAGACUCGAAAAAAUUCCAACAGUGACUCAGAAAUCGAGGAAUCGGAGAGCGAAUGGGAAAAAGAACGAGCUAAAAAGAAGAAAGAUUCAUUGAAGAAAUCAAAGCAGAAAGAUGAAGACGAUAUAGAUAAAGAUAGGAUUACACAGUGGGAGAAGGAACAGAAGAAGAAAGAGGAAGCAAUGGCUCUGGAAGUUCAGAAGGAAUUAGAAAUGGAGAUGGAAAUGGAACGACUUGAGAAAGAAGCUGAAGAAGAAAAAAGAAAGUUGGAAGAAGAUGAGGAAAACGAACGAAGAAGAUCAGAAGAGAGAGAAAGAAUCGAGGAAGAAGAAAGAAAAGAAAUUUUGCGUCGGGAACAAGAAAAAUUCAAUCGGGAAAGAGAGGAAAGGGAACGAAAGGAAGAAGAGCUACGCUUGCUCAAAGAAGAACAAGAAAGACGAAGGAAAUCAGACGAGGGAAGGCUACAAAGAGAAAGAGAAGAAAGACAGCGCGUAGAAGAGGCGCUUAAGACUCUGGAAAGACAAAGAGAAGAAGAAAGGCUGCGAAUUGAGCGAGAAAAAGAAGAAGAACUUGAAAGACAAAUGAAGCUUAAAGAAGAGGAAAUGUUGAAACUGAGACAGGAAAGGGAUGAGGAGAAGCGACGCCGAGAAGAAGAAGAAAACCGUAUUCGUAACCGAAACGAGAGCGAAUUACAAAGAAUUCAGCGAGAGAAAGAGGAAGAACUCGAGAGACAAAUGCGCGAAAAGGAAGAAGAAAUGGAACGCCAGAAGCGAGAAUAUGAAGAAAAACUCCACCAUGAGAGAAAAAUACUGGAAAAUAGAGAAGCAGAAGAAGCAAGGAGAAGAAAAGAGGAGGCACUUCGUAAUGAAGAACUGGAAAGACAGCGACAACAAGAACUGUUUGAGAAACAGCAGAGAAUCAAGGAAGACGAAGACAACCUCUUGGAAGCUUAUCGAAAGAAACAAGAAGAAUUACUUGAGCAGGAAAGAAAGUUUGAAGAAGAAAUGGCCAGGAGGGAAAGAGAAUUAGAAGAAAAGUUGAAGUUGAAGGAAUUUGAAAGACAACGUGCUGUAGAAGAGCAAGUGCUGCCUGUACAAGGACAACAAGUUCUUUCAGCGGAAAUGGGUGAAUUAGGAGCGCGGAAACACUCAUUCCAAGAAAGCAUCGCCAGCGAGAAAGCAGAACUAGAAAAAUCCCUUAAAACUCACGAAGAAGAAGAACAAAAGCGAAAAGAAAAAGUCAAAGAACUUCAGUGUGGGCAAGAAGAACUUCGAAGGCGCCAAGAACUACUAAAGUUGAAAUGUCUUCAAGGGAUAGCGUCGAGAGAGGAUGAAGAAGAACUACAGAGAAUUGAAGAAUCGUUAAGAUGGAAGAAAGCUGAGCAAGAGAUGUUGGAAGGCGAGGUUUUAACGCAUAGGGAUAUUACGGAUCAACGGGAACUAGAAAUGAGAAUCGAAAUGGAGAAACGUCAGUUGCAAGACUUGGAGUCAAGAAAGGAAAUUUUAGAUCGCCAAGUCGGUGCAAAACUAACCGAGCUAGGGAAUCGAAAAAGACGCGACGAACUCGAAGAAAAAUCAAGACAGCUAAUGCAAGAACGAGAACAGUUGAACGCAUCUUUUGAAGCAGCUAAAAGACGCAGUGCCAUGCUGGAAUCAGAAUCGAUUCUUGACACGAUGGCAUCAAGAGAUGAUGACACUGAAAAUGAUGAGAGUGUUGGAAAAUUAAGGAGAGGCCAAGGAACCUCAGACCCUCUACCACCAACCUCACAGGUCCUCUCCAAUGGCUACGUCGAUGACGUCGACUGGUCCGAGUCAUCUGAAGAAGGUCAGCAGGCGUCAUAUAGCCCUGCGGCAGCAAUGAUGUUGAACAGCGGCGUACCUCAGUUCCAGUCUACAGCAAAAGCAGACGGCCAGUUUGAUUCUCCCAUUACACCUACCACCUCACAGCUUAGUAAGACGACUCCGCUUUAUGGCUCUUUACCCAUCAGUCCACAAGAUCCACAAAGUGCAGCCCGCCUUCAGGAUGCAUUAAGGGACUCAAGACGCCAGAUAGAUAAGCUCAAAGAAAGGAACUCUACGCUUGAAACAAGUAGAAAACAUUUGGAGAAAGACAUGGCUGAUUUACAAAGGAAGUUACAAGCGGUAUCGAAGGAGAAAGCGGAUACAGAACACUCUAGACUCCAAACAGAGGCUGAUAUCCGUAGUAUUCGAUAUAAAUAYGAACAAGAGAGCGAGGCGAGAAGAGUUGCUGAAUCAUUGUUGUCUCAACUGAAGGACCAAAUAAAGAGAUCUGAMGAUAAACUGGCUAGGGAAAUGGAGGCGAGGCAGAAGCUAGAGACAGAUAUCCGCCAUCUACAGAAAGAAAAGAAAGAUCUCCAACAAACCGUCCAUCAACAAGAAGCGGACUUGAAUGAUCUACAGAAGGCGUUAUCUGAUGAGCAAGAGACUCGCUUAAGAAUGACCGACAUGUACAAUGACCUUAAGAAACAGAUGUCUGUACUAAUGGAGGAAGCGCGCACCACCACCCAGCAGAAAGCUGAAGUUAUGGCUGAACUGGAGGCUGUUGAUCUAACAAGAAAGACGCAUGAGGCCCAUAGCGGGUCACUACGGGAACAGCUGAUGAAUGCACAGACUGAUCUCGCCGAGACAAAGGCACUUUUGGAAGCAAAGAUAAUCUCUACUGAUAAAGRAUUAGAAGCGCUGAGAGAGAAACUACAGAGAAAGACCGAAAAAUUGACAAAAGCCGAGGACAUGAUAAACGAACUACGAAUAGCUAAAGAUUCACUACAAGCCAGCAGCACAAAAGAGCAUGCGCAUCUUAGCAAUAGGCUUGAAAACGAUGGGAUGGAGAAAAAACGAAUGGAAUCCGAGAUUGCGUCACUCAAAAUUAGAUUGGAGAAUGCCAACAACGAGCUUGAUAAAGCGACUACUGGCAGGAGUGAWGCCGAGAGGCAGUCGCAUGAUCUUCGAGAAGAACUUUAUCAAACCAAACUGAAAUUAGAAAAAGAGGUUGCUUCCCUUAGAGAGUCGAAUCAGUCGCUAGCCAACCGACUAGAAACAGCGGAAAAUAAAGCCAACAGUCUAGACCAAGAGAGUAAAGAAUAUAUCGCAGACAAGAGGAGUAGUUUAGCAGAAAGUAUGCAGUGGUUGAAAGAAGACUCGAACAAGAUUAGCGAGAAGAAUAUUAGAUAUGAAGAAGAAAUCAAACAGCUGAAUCAGGAGCUGAAUGCAGUUUCACGUAAGCUUGCACAGACAGAAACAGCACUAGAUAUGCAAACUAAGCUUCGCGAAGAACUAGAAAAUGAUCGUAGUCGAAUGCGUGAAGAGAUGCGCAUCUUCGAAGCAAAGUUAUUAGUUACAGAAGAUGUAAAAGAGGAAAUCUCUGGACGCGCCAACCGUCUCGAAGAAAAGUUAGGACAGAGCAUGCGCACUACUGAUGACGUCGCGUCUAGGUUAGCUUCAAGAAGCGCAGACAUGGAAGCUGUUACUCGAUCAUUGGACGAGGAUACACUAGAGCAAACACAACCGUYCCAACUAGAAAGCCUUGUCAACAGGCUUAAAGUCGAGAAGGGUCAGAUAGCAGCGGCACUAAGGGAAGAACAAGCCAAGAGUGAACUUCUCUUGAAGGAAAUCAAAGACGCUAGUGAGGCACGAAGCAGUCUUGAAGCGCUUUUGACAAACGUCAAAGCUGAAAACAUAAAAUUAGAAGAAAAAAUACAGAGUGAAGAGUUAUCCCGGACUAUAAACGGACGAGAAGCUGAAGAAGCCAAAGAAUUAUGGGAAGCGGAAAUGAAAGCGAGAACGAAACUAGGCACAAUGAUUGUGUCAAUAGAAAAGAAACUAGCCGAUGCACAAGCAGCUCUUGAUGAGGAAAAAAGAAAAACUCGUAAGGUUUUGGAAUUAAAAARGGCAGUGGAGGCCAAACUGGAAGCCCAAGAUGACAGGAAUACGAGACUUCGGAAGGACGCAUUCCGAGUAUACGAAGUGAAUUCGACAAAGAACGAGCUGCUACAGAAUCACACAUAUCCUCUCUAAGACGACAGAUCGAUCAUCUCUCGGAGAGGCUUCGUCAAGAGAUGGAAACCCGAACACGACUCGAACUAACCAAUAAACAGCAACAGCAAGAAACAUCCACAGCGAAGGCUAAUGAAAAGGAAAUGGCCUACGAACGCGAGAGACUGGAGAGAACCAAUCGUCAAUUAGAAGAAGAAAUUGCCCGUACAAGGGCGUACUAUGAAAGUAAUUAUGUUGAAAAGGGACAACUGGAUGCCUUCAAAAAAGAGAUAGAAACGAAGUCACGCUUUCAAAUAACUCGGAAACUAGAAGAAGUCAAUCAACACCUUGCUGACGAGGCCUCGGCCAGAGAAAAACUGGACAAAAUGAAAGAAGAAAAUGCAAUUAAGACAAGGACCGAACUGGAACAAAAGAUAGCAGACCUAAAGAGUAGCAGAGUCUAAAGCUUUACUGAACCUAGAGAGAUCUCDUCGUAUCCAAUCAGCAGACCGAGACUCAGGGUUUGUCACAAGUCCCAAGUAUUCCCAGGACCCGUUAGGUAGUUUCUUUAGCCGAUCACCAAGAAGUCCAACGAGCAGACCCUACUCACCGGGAGACGAUAACCUCAUGAAGGCCGUAGAAAACGAGUUAAAUAGAAGUAUCAAGCGACAUCUAGAAUCAGGACCAGUCACGACUGACCUUGACCUUCGACCAACACCGCUGACCAUAAGUGAUGCAGAAUCAGGCUCGUAUCCUCCCCUUACGAAUUCAUSAAAGGAAUAUAUGUCUCUUCUUAAAAAAAAAUACUUCGUAUAACAAAAAAAUAUGCAAUAUGAAACUAUGCAAUUUAACAUGACGUCAUCAUCGAUGCAAGCAAUCAAUAAAUAUUACGUCAUCGAUCACACAUACAGCCAAUUAUUUAACAUGACAUUAUCCAAAAUACGACCCGAACCAUUUAAUGUUGCGACAUACCGUAGGGCCAACCUUAUGAUGUGACGUCAUCACGCCAUACGACCAAUCUUUAAUGUCAUCACACGAUACAUACGUCAUUAUGAUGUCAUACAUAGGUUAAAAUAUCAAUGAGUUAUGAGUGAAGCAAAAUUUUGAAUUAUAUUUGUUUACAAAGCUUAA